AUGCGUGCCUUCGCUGCAAUCCUCGCCCCUGUAUUGGCCGCCGCCACUCCUCUGGGAAUUUCUGGACAGAACGGCGAUACGCCCUCCCCCAACGAGAUUCAGAUCACCAGUGCCUCCUCCUCUGGAAACGGCUGCCCUCAGGGAACUGUCACUACGGAUAUUUCGCCUGACCGAACUGUCCUCACUUUUGGUUUCGACGGCUUCCAAACCUACAUUGGGCCUGGUUUUACUGCGGCAGAUAAGACUAAGAACUGCCAGCUGCACCUGAACCUGAAAUACCCCGGUGGCUUCCAGUUCGCUGUGGUUGAGUCGACCUACCACGGAUUUGCUCAGCUCGACAAGGGUGUCACUGGCACAUUCUACUCCACCUAUUUCUUCUCUCAGGACGCCGCAGCUACUACUACCACGCAGACCUCUCUCUCUGGGGGCGGUACUUGGGCCAACGGCCAAGUCUACACGAAGCAAGACCAGAUCCCCACUGCUUCCGUCAUCUGGUCCCCUUGCGGCCAAAGCGGUAUCUUGAACAUCAAUAACCGUAUCUCGCUCACCAGCAGCAACUCCAGCGCCUCUGGCCAGAUCUCCGACGACGAUGCUACCGUCGCCUUCACCCAGCAGCUCCACGUCUCUUGGCAGCCAUGCAAGAAGAUCUAA